CGCUCCCUCACAUCCGACAUUUUCCCGUUCCACGCGUUCGAGGACGGUUGUGCUUCAGGCGGCGAUCCUUGUUAUGGAUUAUGAACUCCGAGUCGCGAGCCAAUCUCAGAGACUAGAGACGUCUCCCCGUUGCAGAACGACCCACGUCUCCGAUGUGUUCUACACCUCUACUUGCAUCCCUUCUCAGCCUGGCAGGGCUAGCCACGGCAGCUCCGGCUCUCGGGACUGGAAGCGCCGCUUGCCCUAUACUGUUCGAUGGACGCGUCGCGCUAACAACUACUGCGGUCGACUUUGACAAGAACACGAGUGUCUAUAGCAACGUUUAUGACCUCGGUCAGAACCAGACAUGGGCCGAAGUGCUCGAUUUGCCAAGUGUUGCGCCCUCGCUGUUCGAUCUGCCGACAACAUCGAAGUCCUUUGAGGUUACCAUCGACGAUGAGUCUAUCUUUGUCCCUGGUGGCGGUGCACCACAGGUUGGCUUCCGUCGCUCAGAACUUCUUCCUGCCAUCGAUCUAUCAACAGGCGGAAACGCGAGCACCGUACAAGAAACAACGACCUUCCAUUGGUCGAUACGCACUGAUCUAAGCCGCCCGCUCAAUUAUUCGCAUGAGUACCAUCCCGUUUGGCAUGAAUAUGCGGACUACUCGUCCUCGCAGUUCACUAUUACUGCCGGGGUGCCCUUCGACAUGGCUAAGGACCCCAACAUCACGUCGGCGAAGUCGCUUCGCGUUGCUGGCCUUCAAUCAAACACCCCUGAGACGACGUUCUUCCAGACGCCAUUCACCGAUGGCGUGUGGCACAAUUUCGCAUUGACGAUGGGUUGGGUGGACAAUACGAUCACGGUGUAUUACUCAGAGGACUACGCUCCACUGGAGCGAGUCGCCGGACCCGCUUUCAAUAACAACACCGGCGGCGGGGCGUUUCACAUUGGCCUACUGAAGGAGCCGACUGGUCCCGUUGGCAUUGAUGUCCUUCAUCAAGGAUAUCAGGAGAGCGGCAUCAACGAGGGUCUGAUUUUCGGUGGUGUCUUCAUCGAAAACAGCGACGACGGCUGUGUUACACUUGGUCUGUGAGCUGAGUUCCGGGAAGUCUCCUGCAGAUUGUAGCAUUUCAAAAUCUGCGUGAUUUGUUCGCGUCAGUGUGGCGAGUAUCCACGAAUGCAGAGUAAGUUAGGCUGGUGUGGAAACAUCCUCCACACCCUAGGGCAAACGAACCUUGGACGGUUGCUCGGACGUGUCACGUCUCGUCAAUUGCAACCGUACACGACAGGCGGCUCAAAGCGCGCGCGAGG